CUACGUAUACACAGUACUACAACAACACCGGCGCCAGAUCAACUUACAGUAGGCGCAGAGACGGUGAACGCCCGCUUUAGCCGGUCUUGAUAAGAAGUUCAAUAUGCAGACCAUACGCGGCUUUCUCUUCAAGCCCACGCCCGAGGAGCAGAAGCGCAAAUGCAAUGCACUCGUCCGCCAAAAUGUCCGCAAACUUGAUCGCGACAUCCAAAACCUCAAACAAACCGAGAUCAAGACCAAGAACUUCAUCCUCCAAGCCAGCAAGCGGGCACAGCGCAACCCCGCCAUGGCCAAGCAGGCAAACCAGGACGUGCGGAUAUUCGCCCGAGAGUUGAUCCGCGUGCGGAAACAGAGUUCGAGGUUGCACACAUCCAAGGCGCAGCUACAAUCGGUCCAGAUGCAGGUGAACGAAGCCUUCUCCGUGCGCAAGAUUGAGGGGUCGAUUAAGGCGUCUACGGGAAUAAUGAAGGAUGUAAACACGCUCGUCAGAAUGCCGGAGCUGACCGGGACCAUGCGCGAGUUGUCGGCUGAACUCAUGAAGGCGGGAAUCAUCGAGGAAAUGGUGGGCGAUACGCUGCCGGAUAACGAGCUGUUGGAGGGGGAGGACGAGGAGGCCGAAGAAGAGGUCGACAAGGUCCUAGGGGAGAUUCUCAAAGAUCAGCUACCUGCAGGCAGAGCCAAAGAAGAAGAGCUACCGGCUCAGCCCGUCGAAGAAGAGGAAGAAGAGGACCAGGCGGAGAUGCUGGAACAAAUGAGAGGGCGCCUAGAGGCUCUGAAGAGUUGAGACGUGUUGAAGGGCGCUGUAUCAUGGAAGAGCACAUCGGAGUUCUGGCGCACAUAAUCAGAUACUUGGGAUACACGGGAUUUCCAGUCGGUUGCAUUACCGAGUCCGAAUAGCACGUUCGGCUAUUUUGCAUUCCAAGUCAUGCUCUAUAUACCUGCAAGUCAUUCCAGUGUUCUUGAUAUCUUGGGUAUACAGGCGGGCUAUCGGUUGAAAUUCAUGCUAUAUCCUCCGGUCU